AAGAGGAAGCCGCGGGCCGGCUGUGAGGUGGCAGCGGCUGCAGCGGCGGAGCAGGCGCCUCGGCAGGCACUGGGGUCUGUUCCCCCUUCUCGGCCCCUGCCCCCGUGGAGCGUGCGGGGCGCCGCCCCCCUCCGGGUCCCCACACCCGCCUGGGGCCUGUCAACCUCCACCCAGCCUCCGCCGCCCCCCGCCCUGCUGCAGGGGCCCCUCCCGUGGGGCUUGGCGUCCCUCGUCCCGGGCCGAGAACCGGCUGUGUACCCCUCUCCCGGCCGCGACCUUCCUCCGCCCGCCCGGCUCCCAGAACAAACCAGCUGGACCCCCUCACUGCAGCCCCGCGGCGGAGGCGAUUUAUUUUUGAUUUGAGACGAACGGCUGAGACGCGCCUUGGGCCUCUUGCCGUGGUCGCCGCGGGCCGGCCCCGUCGGAAGGCAGCCGAACCUCUGCUGGCCUUUCCCUGGCCGCUGCUCGCCUCACGGUUUGCGUUUGAUUGGCUUGGAUUGGUCUCGGGGCCCCGGUAAAGCCAGGCAGCGGACCGCUUGUCCACGCGAGAGUGCCGCGGUGGGCCCUCAGGAAGGUGGGCGGCCCGGCCUCGCAGCAGCUGUAAUGCCGAGAAUACCCGGCAAGAUGGCCUCAUCAGCCCUUGCGCUUCGCUAAGGCCUCGGUGCUGAGUCACCGUGUCCAGCCACCUCAUUUGGGUGGGCUGACCCUCCGGACGGGGAGCAGGGGUUACUGUGGCCAUUGUGUUUGCUCAACAGUAAGGGAGGGGGCAGAAGGAGGCUUUGGCUCCUUCCCUGGUGUCAGCAGUCCCUUUUGUAUCUCAAAUGGAAAUGGUGCAGAGGCCAGGGAGUCUUCAGGAAAGGGUCACUGAGGCAGACUUCUCUGGCUGGGCCUUCGUUUUGAUGGAUUGUGUACUUUUCCCUAACUCCUUAUCAGUUGUUACCAACUCUUGACUUGGGCCAGUCUACAGGCAUGUCUAGUAUUGUCCUUUUGGGGUUAGGUUUUGGCAGUAUUGAAAUUUGCUUCUUCCCCUUUCUACUGGGAGACAAAUUGUCAUUCUAGUAGUGAGUGAAAUCAUUUACAUAUGCAUUGCUCAGGGGUAGAUCCAACACCUUGGUAGUUGAAGACCAAACCGGUGGCACAGUUUUCCUGGGGAUGCUGAACCUGGAAGCCUACACACCUUGCUCUCUUGAUGAUCUCUUUGAUCCUGGGUUUCCUGGCUAAAACUGUAGCCUGCUGGAGGCCUGUGCCUAUCAACCUGUUGAUUGUAGAGGCUGUGCCCCUGAGGCACCCACAUGGCAGGGCCUGCCAUCAUGAGACUGAGCUCCCUGUUGGCUGUGCUCCGGCCAGCACUUCCCCUCAUCCUAGGGCUAUCUCUUGGAUGUAGUCUGAGUCUCCUGCGGGUUUCCUGGAUUCAGGGUGAGGGAGAAGAUCCCUGUGUAGAGGCUGUGGGGGAGCCAGGAGCGCUGCACAAUCCAGACUCAGGAGUUCAGCCUGACCAAAGCGAUGAAGACUUCAAACCCCGGAUUGUCCCCUACUACAGGGAUCCCAACAAGCCCUACAAGAAGGUACUCAGGACACGGUACAUCCAGACAGAGCUGGGCUCUCGUGAGCGGUUGCUGGUGGCUGUCCUGACAUCCCGAGCCACACUGUCCACUCUGGCUGUGGCUGUUAACCGCACAGUGGCCCACCACUUCCCUCGGUUACUGUACUUCACGGGUCAGCGAGGGGCCCGGGCACCUGCAGGGAUGCAGGUGGUAUCUCACGGGGACGAGCGGCCUGCCUGGCUCAUGUCAGAGACCCUACGCCACCUUCACACACACUUUGGGGCUGACUACGACUGGUUCUUCAUCAUGCAGGAUGACACCUAUGUGCAGGCCCCCCGCCUGGCAGCGCUUGCUGGCCACCUUAGCAUCAAUCAAGACCUAUACUUGGGCCGGGCAGAGGAGUUCAUUGGCGCAGGCGAGCAGGCCCGGUACUGCCAUGGGGGUUUUGGCUACCUGUUGUCACGGAGUCUCCUGCUUCGCCUGCGGCCACAUCUGGAUGGCUGCCGAGGAGACAUCCUAAGUGCUCGACCUGAUGAGUGGCUUGGCCGCUGCCUCAUCGACUCUCUGGGUGUCGGCUGUGUCUCGCAGCACCAGGGUCAGCAGUAUCGCUCCUUUGAACUGGCCAAGAAUAGGGACCCUGAGAAGGAGGGGAGCUCGGCUUUCCUGAGUGCCUUUGCUGUGCAUCCUGUCUCCGAGGGCACCCUCAUGUACCGGCUCCACAAACGCUUCAGUGCUCUGGAGUUGGAGCAGGCUUAUAGUGAAAUAGAGCAACUGCAGGCUCAGAUCCGGAACCUGACAGUGCUGACUCCUGAGGGGGAGGCAGGGCUGAGCUGGCCCAUUGGGCUCCCAGCCCCUUUCACACCACACUCUCGUUUUGAGGUGCUGGGCUGGGACUACUUCACAGAGCAGCAUACCUUCUCCUGUGCAGAUGGGGCUCCCAAGUGCCCGCUGCAGGGGGCUAGCAGGGCUGACGUGGGUGAUGCUGUGGACACUGCUCUGGAGCAGCUCAAUCGGCGCUAUCAGCCCCGCCUGCGCUUCCAGAAGCAGCGGCUGCUCAAUGGCUACCGGCGAUUCGACCCAGCACGGGGCAUGGAGUACACCCUGGACUUGCUGUUGGAAGCUGUGACUCAGCGGGGACACCGACGGGCCCUGGCUCGCAGAGUCAGCUUAUUGCGACCACUAAGCCGGGUGGAAAUCCUGCCUAUGCCCUAUGUCACUGAGGCUACCCGUGUGCAGCUGGUGCUGCCGCUCCUGGUGGCUGAAGCUGCUGCGGCCCCUGCUUUCCUCGAGGCCUUUGCAGCCAAUGUUCUGGAGCCUCGAGAGCAUGCACUGCUCACCCUGUUGCUGGUCUACGGGCCCCGGGAAGGUGGUCGUGGGGCCCCAGAUCCAUUUUUGGGAGUGAAGGCUGCGGCUGCUGAGUUAGAGCGACGGCAUCCUGGGUCGAGGCUGGCCUGGCUAGCUGUUCGAGCAGAGGCCCCUUCCCAGGUGCGACUCAUGGACGUGGUCUCCAAGAAGCACCCUGUGGACACUCUUUUCUUCCUCACCACUGUGUGGACGAGGCCUAGUCCUGAAGUCCUCAAUCGCUGUCGCAUGAAUGCCAUCUCUGGGUGGCAGGCCUUCUUUCCAGUCCAUUUCCAGGAGUUCAACCCCGCCUUGUCACCACAGAGAUCACCCCCAGGACCCCCAGGGGCUGGCCCUGAUCCCCCAUCCCCUCCUGGUGCAGAUCCUUCCCGGGGGUCUUCCAUCGGGGGCAGAUUUGACCGGCAGGCAUCUGCAGAGGGCUGCUUCUACAAUGCUGACUACCUGGCAGCCCGCGCCCGUUUAGCUGGUGAACUGGCAGGCCAGGAAGAGGAGGAAGCCCUGGAGGGGCUGGAGGUGAUGGACGUUUUCCUCCGGUUCUCAGGGCUCCACCUCUUUCGAGCCGUAGAGCCAGGGCUGGUGCAGAAGUUCUCUCUGCGGGACUGCAGCCCACGGCUCAGCGAGGAACUCUACCACCGCUGCCGCCUCAGCAACCUGGAGGGGCUGGGGGGCCGUGCCCAGCUGGCCAUGGCUCUGUUUGAGCAGGAGCAAGCCAACAGCACUUAGCACUCCCUCCUGGGGCCCUGCCCUCCCUACAUUUCCCAUGUCUGCCUUAGUCCCAGGCAAGGCAAGGCAAGGUCAUGGACAGAUGGAGGGCUUGUUACUGUAUUUUUUAAAAUAAGAAAAUGUUAUUAAAAGUGUCUUCUGCUAAACUGUUUUUAGGUCUAGGGAAGAUGGAGUAAGAAGAAUCUGAGGGAAAAGGUGUGAGGCAUUUGUCUGGAGGCACCCAUUGCCUCUCCCACCCCAUUUUCUAUCUCUCCCUAGUGCCCAAUGACCACACAGUGCUGUCAGGUGAAUGACCUUUAAUCCAGUCUUCCCUGCCCCACAAGGCGGCAGAGGGGUGAGGCCAGAGCCCAGGGCCAAGUGCUGGUCCAAAGUGGUGCUCGUUCGCGGGCUCCUAGGUGUUGCGCACAACCAGCGACUGCUCCAGCUCCUGCCUGCGCUGCUGGAUCUUUAGAGGAGGUGGGAGCAGGAGCAGGGUUACAGUGCUCCUGGUGAGUGAUCAGAACAGUCUACCUACCCAGCACCCUGCCCUGGAAGAGAGUCUGGGACAGGGAGGCCAUUGCAUGGUGGUGGUGGUGGGGGAGGGAUGGACAAGUAUCACCACAGGGAACAGCAAGGCCCACCAAGUGAGAAGGAAGAUUUCCUUUGGAACAGAGGAACAGGAAGCCUCAAGUGCAAGGGCUGCUCCUUACCUUGCAGUAGAAGUAGCGGCUGACGGCUUCCUGGGACCAGGGCUGGUGGUAGAACUCAGCCCGACGCUCCUCUUCAGGAUUGCCAGCCACAUCUGUCAUCACCUGGGAGGGAGCAUGGGUCAGCCCUGAGCCCCGUCCCUUACCUGCCCCUAGUGUACAAUGUUUAUAGUCUUUCCCCAUGUGCUUGUUUCCCACUCCAGUGCUCCCUGAGUCUCCCUCUUCACCUUGAGGUCUCGGCUCUGGGAGCGGAGCAGGUCUUGGACAUAGCCUUUGGGGUCUCUGGAGAAGCUUAGCAUGAAGUCCCUCUGGAUCUUGAGCUGGUUUAUGGACUCAAUCGUCUCAUGGAUCUACAGGUAGAAAGAUGAUUUCCACCUGGCCAUGGUGAUGUAGUGAGGAUGGGAAAAGGAAGAGGGUGGGGAGGGAGGAAAGGGGAGGAAGGAGGGGCUGGCUGCUUCUGUGAAGGACAGUCCCUCAGCCCUGCUUCCUCAAGUCCCAGAGAGGGUGGGGGUGGCCAGAACUAUCUGUGGAAUAAGGUUGACUUCAAGCACCAGGUAAGGGCCAUGUAUCCCUUAUCUCUUCGAGGCCCACAUGCUGGUCUGUUCUGAGUGUGCUCUGUCCUCUCUGGGUCAGUGUUCUACCUCAGCUUUGGGCUCAAUCCCCACCUUACUGUCCAGAGCACUGAUCUCCUGCUGGUUGGCUGUAGACAGGAGGAAGCUGCUCAUCUGUCCCUUCAGUGGUUCCUCCACUUCCACAUCAAUGUCAUAGCAUGCUGUCUUCUUCUGGUCUGAUGGGUCCACGCUGUCAGGGAAGUCCAGUCCUUGGCAUCCAGGAGGUCCUCACAGAGGCUCAGGGCCCAGGGCUGGGGCAGGUGCUGGGAGGGGUAGGAGAGAUGGGGGAAGGGAGGGAGGCAGGAGUGGGCCAAUUCCCUGGUCUAAGGAGCCAGGUGGGGCCACCUCACCUGAUGACGUGGUUGAUGACAAUCGGAUCAGGGGGUAAUAGCAGGGCUGUGAGGCGCUGGGGAAUCUCAGAGAACUUCAGCCGGGGACAAUCAAAAAUCUGAAGGGGGGUGGUUGGGGAAAGAUCACUCUUCUGUAUGCUUGAAGCAAUUAUGACUAUGGUUCUAGAUUUUUUCAUCCUGGAAAAGUUCCAAGAGGCUGAGAGCAGAUUGGAUUCCUUGAUGUUCAAGGGGAUGGGACUGGGCUGGGGGUAGAGUCACCAGCACUCUGAUGGGAUUAUGUGGGACCCUCAGCCUGCCUGCAGGGAUAUCAGUCCUGCCUCUAUUGUGUACUGUGUGACCUUGAAUGAGUUACUUGCUCAACACCUCAGGCCUCUGUGUCCUGAUUUCUAGAAUGGAUCUCUCAUAGGGUAUCCUGAGAAGUCAGUGAAUCGAUAUACACAAAGUGUUUGGAACAAUGCCUGGCACGUGGUAAGUGCUCAAUAAACAUCAACUGCUAUUUCUACUCC